AUGCACAGCCCUGCUCCUGCUGAAAUAGUGGCAGGGUAUUCCACAGGAUGUGUGGUGGACAAAGAUGUCAGCCCAGAGACGACACUGGGGAGUGCUUAUUCUCCAGUGGACUAUAUGAGCAUCACCAGUUUUCCCAGACUGCCAGAGGAUGAUGUCCUGUCUGCAGAAAACACCCAGAAAUCUCGUAAAGAGGAUGACAAUGUCCUAAGUGAGCAAGACACAGACCCAGAUCUGUUCCUGAAGUCGGCUCGCCUCCAGCGUCUCCCCUCCUCAGCUUCAGACCUAGCUAGUCACGAUAUGGCAUCACUACGGGAGACCACCAGAGACCCCUUUACAGAGGAAUGUGCCUGUCAGCGAGAUGGGCUGACAGUUAUUAUCACAGCAUGUCUCACCUUCGCCACCGGAGUCACUGUAGCACUCAUCAUGCAGAUUUACUUUGGAGACCCACAGGUCUUUAACCAAGGAGCUGUGGUGACAGAUGUGGCCCACUGUACAUCUCUUGGAUUUGAUGUUCUGGAGAAGCAGGGGUCCAGUGUUGAUGCGGCAAUUGCUGCUGCUUUCUGUUUGGGAAUCGUCCACCCACACACCUCUGGCAUAGGAGGUGGUGGAGUUAUGUUGGUGCAUGACAUCCGUAAGAAUGAGACGAGGGUAAUUGAUUUCAGAGAGACGGCACCUUCUGCUAUCCAUGAGAAGAUGCUGCACACUGACCUAGAUCAUAAUCCUGGGCUGCUUGUGGGAGUUCCAGGCAUGAUUAGUGGGAUGCAUCAGGCUCAUCAACUCUAUGGCAGAAUACCAUGGAAGGAUGUGGUUACCAUGGCAGCCGAUGUAGCCAGAAAUGGAUUUAAUGUAACCCACGACCUCGCUGAAGCUCUGGCUAAAAUCAAGAGCCAAAACAUGUCAGAUGCAUUUCGGGAUUUGUUCCUCCCCAACAGCCAAGCUCCCCUCUCUGGGCUGUUCACCAGACGGCUUGAUUUGGCAGCCAUCUUGGAUGCGGUCGCAGUUAAGGGCAUCUCAGAGUUCUACAGUGGGAACUUAACACAUGAAAUGGCCGCUUCAGUGCAAGCGAGAGGAGGAGUGCUCACAGAGGACGACUUUGGAAACUACAGCACAGCUUUGCGACAGCCAGCAGAGAUCACUUACCAGGGACACCAUGUGAUGGCGGCUCCAGCCCCACACGCUGGCAUCGCCCUGAUUGCUGCUUUAAACAUAUUGGAAGGUUAUAAUAUCACCAGCCAGAUGCCUAGGAACAGCACCUACCACUGGAUUGCGGAGGCAUUGAAGAUAGCUCUGGCCCAGGCUAGUGGGCUGGGAGACCCAAUGUAUGACACCUCUGUCUCAGAGGUAGUUGCCAAAAUGCUAAGUAAAUCACAGGCUUCUCAGCUCCGCCAGAUGAUCGAUGAUUCUCAAGCCUUCCCUGUUAGCCAUUACACAUCAUCAUUUACUUUAGAGAAGGGUGCAGCAGCUGCCCAGGUCAUGGUCAUGGGGCCAGAUGACCUAAUUGUAUCAGUCAUGAGUUCACUCAACAAACCGUUUGGCAGCGGGAUCGUGACUCCUUCAGGAAUCCUCUUAAAUAGCCAGAUCCUGGACUUCUCUUGGCCUAAUAAAACACAGAGCUCUUUGCCUAACCCACGUAAUAGCCUGCAGCCUGGAAAGAGGCCGAUGUCCUUUCUGAUGCCCACAGCAGUGAGGCCUGCCGUAGGGCUGUGUGGAACAUAUGUAGCCACUGGGUCCUCAAAUGGGGAGAGAGCUCUCAGUGGAAUCACACAGGUGCUGAUGAAUGUUCUGUCUUCACGUAAAAACAUGAGCGACAGUUUAGCAUAUGGUAGACUCCACCCACAGCUGCAGCCAAACACCCUCCUGGUGGAUGCUGAGUUUUUAGAUGAAGAUGUGGAGGCUCUGCAGGCCAAAGGUCACAAGAUUGAAAGGAUAGAUGUCCUCUCACUGGUGGAGGGCACCCGGAGGACCAACGACCUCAUCAUUGGAGUGAAGGAUCCCCGAAGUGCUGAUGCAUCUGCCCUCACUAUGUCCAGCAUGACUUAGUGCAACAUCCCAUCCUUUCACACCAUGAAGAAAGAGUUAAUGAGACAGAAAAGGCUGCUCGAGUAACACAUUAAUGACAAAGUAUUACUGUGUGACUUUGCUCGAAGUGGAAUGUGAAAAUCACACUUUUUACUCACAGAAAACUACAAAGGAGCACCAUCGCACAUACAAGUACUUAUAUACAUCCUCUCUCACAUGCCCAGUUAAUAUUUAGUCCCAGUUCACAGCAGCUCUCUCAAAAACUUCACAUUUGUUGUCUGUUUUGUGACAAAUAGAACACAAAGCUGCAAAACACAUAGAUUUAAAUCUAAUGUUAAGAUGAAGGAAAAGCAUUCCAGGCCAGCCAACAGAAAGCAAUGAAUCCAAAAGACUGAUGUGAGCAUGAAUUUGUGGAACAGAUGCGCCAAACAGAAAAAUGCAGUUGCUUUUGAAGCUUUUUUUCACUGAUUGUCUUGUUGCACUACGGGAGAUAGUCCAGAGUUGUGUACAGUUUCUGAUCUAAACCUUUGAUCAAGCUGAUUCUUUGCAUGAGGAAGUAAUAGUGCCACACCCAGAAACCACACAGUUACUUGCGUGAUUGAGCCACUUCUGCUUUUUAGAGUUUACAGUGCAUUUCAGCCAUUAUUUCCAAUAGAUCUUACAAUUAAUUGGAAUGGUCAAAUGUUAACUCAUAAGCCCUUUAUCCUGCUCUUUGUGUGGUGUGAUACUGUGGAUUAAUGCUGUUUUGUACAACUGCUAGAGCUUUGACUGCAAAGAAUCAGUGGCACCAUGGGAUGUUGCUUGGCUCACAAAAGGAUUUGUUUUAGCACAGUAAUAAAUGUGUAGUUUUUAAUUAUUACAUAAUUUAAGAAAUUGUUGCAUGAUUUUGUUCUUAUUUAAAACUUUAACAUGGGAAUAUCUGUUUUAAUUAGAUUAUUCUGGUUAUAUUGAGAUUAAUUAAAUGUAAUAUUUUUAUGAACAUUUGUUAGGCUGUAUACAUAAUUUCUACUAUGGUAACACAGUGCAUUCAUUUAGGAUACAUUAAGCAAAGGCUGUUUUGUUUACUUGGUGGAAUUGUAUAGUUAUUUUGUUAUGAAUAUUUUAAGAACCGAGCUUUUUAAACUCACAUUGUAAAAAUGGCCAAUGCUGAAUGAUCAAACCUGCCAAUAACCUUACUGUCUCUAUUGUUGGGUACUGUGCAAUAUGAUUCUGUUAAUGCUUGUUUCUUGUACUCUAGAGUACCAUGCCUUGAGGCACCCAUUGGCACAACACCUGAUGUUAAAUUCCAUGUGCAUUUGUUUCUGAUUUUAAUAAAAAAUCAGCACUGAUCAAAUCUA